UUUCUUUUUCCCCUCCCGACAGCCACAUUCCCACUCAACCCUGGCAGCAUUCUUGAGCUGAUACCAUUCUGAGGCUUACAUCGUUACGAAACACAUUUGUUGUAAUAUGUCCUCGCCGGCAGAUGAACCGCCGGCAACUGAACCAACUGCUACUGAACCGCCGGUCGCUCAGACAGCGGUUGACUUUAUUGAAGCUGACACCGAUGCUGACUCUACUUAUUCCGCAUCAACUCAAAUCACCGAUACAGAAUCGCUUCGGUCUUCCAUCUUGAAUUAUAAAUGGGAAAAUGGCAGGCGAUAUCAUGCAUACGGGGAUGGCUCUUACUGGGGACCAAAUGAUGAGCGUCAACAGGAAGCCGAAGACCUGAUGCAUGAGGUUUUUCGGAUUGUUCUAGACGGCGACAUUUACAAGGCACCAAUUGGCAACAACCCACAGACUGUGUUAGAUAUCGGCUGCGGUACGGGCAUCUGGGCGAUCGAAUUCGCAGAUUUGCACCCAUCGGCUGAUGUUGUUGGCAUCGACCUUUCCCCAAUCCAGCCAAGCUUCGUCCCGCCUAACUGCAGGUUUGAGGUGGACGAUAUUAACAAGGAAUGGACGUUCGAAGAGAAUACGUUUGACUUUAUCCAUAUUCGAUAUAUGACAGGCACUGUUCCAGACUGGCCUGAACUUCUCAGAAAAGCGCAAAGGCACCUCAAAUCCGGUGGUUGGAUUGAGCAUGUUGAGCUAUGGGGAGAUGCGAGGUGCGACGAUGGCACUCUUCGCUCCGACUCUCCUCUUGUGACAUGGGUGGGACUCUUCAAAGAGGUCGGCAAAAUACUAGGCAAGCCAUUCUUUUGGAACUCGGCCAACGCCUUCAGAAAGGCUGGUCUCGAGAAUGUCACCGAGCAUGUGGUCAAAGUACCAAUUGGCACAUGGCCCAAGGACAAGGAUCUCAAGCAGUGGGGUGCAUGGAAUCGCCAAUACUUAUUGCAAGGUCUUGAAGGUUUCGGCCUCCGUGCCUUGACAGAACUUUUAGGAUGGGAGUAUGAAAAGGCACAAGUCUUUCUUGCCAAUUUGCGCAAGGAAAUUUUGGACCCCAAGCUUCAUUCGUAUGUUCUGGUAACUGCUGUAUAUGCACAGAAACCCGUGGUAUAAGUAACCUUUAGUAUUUUGGCAUACCGUCAUGAGAGGCAAGGAGCAGAUUGAUGUGUCUAUUAUCAUUAUUGGCUACUAUCUACAGUAUCAGACAAAGGAUGGAUUGGAUAAGACAGCUUUAGUGACGAUGGAAUUGCUUGAUUUCUCUAUCUAUCGAAGGGCUAGGGAUCGGUCUUUAUAGAUGAGGAUGAGGUCGGC